AUGGCUCAGUCACCGAUGCUCUCAUGUCCGUUGAAGCAGACCAACGAGACUGAUUGGAUUCAGCCCCUCAAGGAUAACAUUCGACAGCGCUAUAAUGAGGACCCCGAGCGAUACAGUGAAGAAUGCGAGAUUCUCAACCGGCUUCGCCAGGACAUGAGAGGCGUAGGGAAAGACAGCGCUAUCGGUCGGGAUCUGUUGUAUCGAUACUACGCUCAACUGGAGUUCUUGGACCUCAGGUUCAAUGUCAAUGACCGCGAAGUCAGGAUCUCGUUCACAUGGUACGAUGCUUUCACUUAUACGUCUGCCUCUCAAUUCUCCAUGGCCUUCGAAAAGGCAUCCAUUUUAUUUAACCUCUCCGCCAUCCUAUCUUGCCAUGCUGCCAACCAAAGCCGGGCCGACGAUACCGGCCUCAAGACCGCCUAUCACUAUUUCCAGGCAUCCGCAGGGAUGUUUUCAUAUCUUAUGGAGCAUUUCCGAAAUCCGCCAUCAACCGACAUGGACAAGGAAACCGUUCGCACACUGAUACAAGUCACUCUAGCUCAAGCCCAGGAGGUGUUUUUUGAGAAACAAGUGGCAGAUCGGAGGAAGCCUGCGCUCCUAGCCAAGCUGGCUGGAGAGGCAGCCUACCUCUACUCACAGGGUGCCGAGAUAAUGCAAAAUUUCGUCGCCAAGAAUGUGUUUGACAAGGUCUGGACGAUUGUUGUGCAGGCCAAGGCAGCACAUAUGGGAUCAGUGGCAUCUUAUUAUCAGGCGGUUGCGGACAGUGAGAAUGAAUCUCAUGGAAUUGCUAUCGCUCGUUUACAGAUGGCUGAUAAGCAGUCCGGCACUGCUCUAAGCUGGGCGAAGGCAUUCCCCUCGUCGCCCCCAGCGAACACCAACUUGACGGCAGAGUCCGGUCCGAAGCUCUUGGCCCUCAUCAAGCACAAUCAAACAAAUGUGCAAGCCUUACUUGCCACUAUGGUCAAAGACAAUGAUUUCAUCUACCACCAGCCAGUCCCCAAUGAGGCUGGUCUCUCACCAGUUGCCAGGGUUACUGCUGCCAAGCCGAUUGAGGUUAGCGAAUUGUACCAAGGACAAGAUAUUAAGGAAAUUACUGGGGAAACUAUCUUCAAGAAGCUGGUGCCUUUGGAGGUAACUGAGGUCGUCAGUCUUUACUCUGAAGAAAGAGCCAAGUUGGUUCGAGCGGAAGAUGAAAAGGCCAGCACUGCCAGCAGUGAGAUGAGGGCUAGCUUGCCCGUCCUAGAACUGCCAGGCUCUCUCGAUAUCUUGAAGGGAGGCAUGAACCAGGUGUCAGUAGACGAGGAGUUCUGUCGCUGGUGUUCAGAGCUUGCUGGCCACAAUCCCUUCCGCAGGGCAUUCGACGAGUUGCAGGAUCGCAAGCUAGAAGUACUAUCCCAAUUAGACCAGUGCUCAAAGCAGUUAGAUCUGGAAGAGAGCGUGUGUGAGAAGAUGCGAUCAAAGUAUGGAGCAGAUUGGGGCCAGCAGCCCAGCUCUCGACUCAAUACCACGCUUCGAGGGGAUGUCCGAUCGUAUCGAGACACUGUCAACGAGGCCAGCGCAAGUGAUUCUCAGUUGUCUUCCACAUUUCGGCAGUAUGAGAGCGAUUUCGAUGAGAUGCGGUCUGCUGGCGAAACAGAUGAGGCCGAUGUUCUCUUCCAGCGAGCCUUGAUCAAAGUCCGUUCGAAGCAUAGCAAAAGCAAGGACGGUGUCAUCAGUCCUGUGGAAGGUACUCUGCUAGAUGAUGUGUAUGAUGAGAGCGCCCCCUCUGUUGCAGAGCGGAUUGCCAAAGUGGAGGGGUUCUUAAAGAAACUGAAUCUCGUGGACCAAGAGAGGUUCCAACUGCUCAAAGAUCUCAAAAAAGCGGUCCACGACGAGAACAUUUCGGACCUCAACGAACUCGUGCUUCUAAACCUAAAGAAGAUUCGCGGCCACGAACAGGCCUUCUUCAAAGCGCAAUUGGAAAAGUUCCUGCCAUAUCAGAGCAGACUUGUGAAGGCGAAUUACAAUCAAUCAUAUUUGAUGAAAGAACUCAACAAGAUACACGAUGACCUUCGUCAAGACAAAAGAUUUCAAUCCGAGAAGUCGAAGUACGAGUCUAUAACAAGACAACGGAACUCCGUGCUAGCUCGAUACAAGAAGGUCUACAAAGCAUUCCAUGAUCUCUCAUCGGGUAUCAAGCAGGCACGAACUUUCUACAAGGACAUGGGUGAAAAUGUCGACAGCCUCCGCAAGAAUGUCGAGACCUUCAUCAACAACCGCCGGUCAGAAGGCGCGCAGCUUCUUAGUCAGAUUGAGCGCGACAAGGGUAUGGGCAAAAAUGUCGACAGUCUCCGCAGGAAUGCCGAAGCCUUCAACAAGAACCGCGAGCAGUCUAGCGGUGUCUCAGAGCAAGAAGAUCGCGAGCGAGAGAAGCUGCGCCAGCUGAUGGAGCGCCUAUCAACGGAACCCAAGAACUCAUCAACUUUACCCUCCGCAGCGUCAGCAAAACCGCCUUCAAAAGUCAAGUCACCACCCCCGCCAGUUCAGACGCCGGCGUAUGGAACCACCGGUCCAUCCCCAAAGCCGUCCCCUUCCUACCCGCCCACCGUGCCAGGCGUGCCCCUCUCGCAGUCCCCAGCGCCCUACGGGCAGUACAUGGGAGGUGGUCUAGGAACUUACCAAGCCCAGCAUUUCCAGCAAGGCGCCGCAGCUCCCCUAUCCGAGGGCUACAACCCCAUGGCAUAUCCUUACCAGACUCCCGUGUCCCCACCCCCGAGCCAGCAAUUCUUCUCUCAAACCCCCGCCCCGUACGGCGGCUACUCAAACUCCGGUACGCCGGCUCCUGGCGCUGGCCCUCAGCCCUCGCACUAUAUAGCUCCCCAGGGCUACAUCCCGCCUCCACCUCCGCCGCGCCCACAGCAGACAACCUACCCUCCUACAGCAGGAGGUGUAUACCCCUCUGGUCCUGGUGGCUAUGCGCAGAGCAGACAGUAUGGGCACCAGAAGACCCCCUCGCAGUCGCAGUCGCAGUCUGGUUCCUCCGCCGAUCCGUGGGCUGGUCUCAACGCCUGGAAAUGA